AUGCAACGCUCACAGUCAGCGGUGGAUUUUUCCAACCUGCUGAAUCCCGAGCCUUCGACGACAAACAUAACACCAAGUCCCAGCGACAUAGCCAGGCAGUCCGUGGAUUCCGAGGGAGACAUUGAUAUGGCUACCGUCAGCGUCAUCCGGCCCAACGGGCCUCUGCCAGGUGGUCAACCGACCGAGGCCGCCAACGAACUGCCACGACCAUACAAGUGCCCCUUGUGCGAUAAGGCCUUCCACCGCCUGGAGCAUCAGACAAGGCAUAUCAGGACUCAUACCGGCGAAAAACCACACGCCUGCCAAUUCCCUGGUUGCAGCAAGAAGUUCUCCCGCUCUGAUGAGCUCACUCGACACUCGAGGAUACACAACAACCCAAACUCGAGGAGGGGGAACAAGGCUGGCCACUCAGCCCAUCACCACGCUCUGGGCCACGCCCUGGGACACGAGUCCAUGAUGCUGCCUCCCUCCGGAGCCAGAUCCGCCAAGUCGGCUCCUAAUUCCACGAUGGUAUCGCCCAAUGUGUCCCCACCUCAUUCUUACUCUUCAUAUGCGAUGCCACAUCCUGGAUAUUUUGGCCGGAGUAUGGGUAAUCCCGACAUGGGCAUUCUGGCGAAUGCUGCUCACCUGGUCGAGCGAGAAAGCCUGUCUCCUCUCCAGCACAACUCGGCGAGACAUCACCCAUACUACUCCCAUAGCCUCCACAGCUCGCGCAAUCAUCUGCCUUCACUCUCGGCCUACCACAUGUCAAGGGCGCACUCAAAUGAUGACAGCCGGGAUGACCAUUACUCGCAUCCUCUCCGCCAUUCAAAACGGUCGAGACCAAACUCGCCCAACUCGACUGCACCAUCAUCACCCACCUUCUCCCAUGACUCUCUGUCCCCUACUCCUGACCACACUCCGCUGGCUACCCCGGCACACUCACCGCGCCUCCGACCAUAUGCCAACAUCGAGCUGCCUACCCUUCGCAAUCUGACCCUGGCGCAGCACACCCCGGCGCUCGCACCUAUGGAGCCGCACUUGGAAGGCUCAAACCAGCAGCAACAACAACAAACAUCUGUGCCGUCCAGCAAUGGUCCUCGGCCCACGGGUAUGUCUUUGACAGAUAUUAUCAGCCGGCCCGACAGCAGCAGAAAACUGCCUGUUCCGCAGCCCAAGGUUGCGGUUCACGACCUUCUGGCCAACGACGGAUAUAACAACAGCGGUCGCAGUUCGGCGAGCGGCAGUCUUGCGGGUGGCGAUUUGAUGGAUCGAAUGUAA